GAUACAAUUGUUCUAAGCUUAAGGAACAUAAGAUAAAAAUGAUGUAGAGUUAAGAAAAAAUCACACAUUUCUGUAAAAAAAGUCAAAAAUAUUUGCGUUUCCACGCUACUGGCGGUUGUGGGAGAUGGUAGCCAUUAGACGUGCAAUUUGGCUGCGGAAUGUGCCGUAUACAUAUGUUUCUUUAAGGCGCAUUCCUUUCUGGCUGCAAGGGGAGGUUUCUUUGGAUAAAUAUUUGUUGUAUAUAGUUAUUAUGAGGAUAUAUUGUACUUGGUGGGAUAAAAUCAGUAAAUUCAUUUUUAUUAAAAUAAUAUUUUUAUCUUAA